UGCAUCGCCGUAGACAAGUUAAAAAGCUACAAUAAAUAAAAAAUUACGAUGGCCAUGGCUUGGCCAUCGCAUUUUUUACUUACUUUUGAGACUGAAAAUAAACAGGAUGAUGAUGGUUUUCAGUAUGAAGUUACUAAUUAUGACUGUGCUAUUUUACUAUGGGAGCUGUGAGGACACGGUGACUGUGAGGGAGCCCCCCGCACCCCCGGCGCCCCCCACCAACAGGAUCGUCGGGGGACGACCCACCACCAUCGAGACAUACCCUUACAUGGCGUAUUUAGUCUCACAUUAUACGAAUUUCCGGAAAUUUCUGAGGGACCAAGCAGACCAUCUGGAGUCGCUUGACCCUGGCCAGCCUAAUGGACACAGUGACGCCCAUAUGAACUCCGCGAGGAAGGCUUCAAGGAUCAGACAGAAAUGGUUCAAGAACUGUGGGGGCGUGAUACUCACACAGCACCACGUGCUCACCGCUGCGCACUGCUUAUUCCAAAAAAUCAAAGGCACUACAGCUGUUACUGGCACUACCAUCUUGAGGGCAUCUAAAGUUGUCAUUCGCGUCGGAUCCACCUACAGUGAGCGCGGAGGCUCAAAGCAUGCGACGUCCAAGACCGUGGUCCACGAGGACUACAAAUAUUUGAAGAGUUACGACAACGACGUGGCAGUGUUGGUGCUGCCGACCAGUGUGAGCAACUACCGGAGCAGCUCGGUGCAGCCAGCCGCCAUCCCCCCGGGGGGGUAUGUGGUCCCGGACAACGCGUCUGUGGUAGCUGUCGGGUGGGGACUGACUGAUAUGAACUGCAUUGAAUCAACUCCCCUUGGUCUCCGGCACGUGGGGCUGCGCACGGUGGACCGGCGCACCUGCGGCGUGCGGUGGGGGCAGGAGGUCCCAGAACUCCCCGACUCCAUGCUCUGCGCGGGGCUGCUUGGUGUUGGAGGAGCCGGCAUCUGUAUAGGUGACUCCGGUGGUCCCCUGGUGUACAACGGGGUGGUGGUGGGGGUGACCUCGUUUCUUAAGACAUGCGACGAUUCCUUCUACCCUCAAGUAUUCAUGCGCGUCUCUAGCUACACCGACUGGAUCAACACCACUGUAAGUCAAAACCAGGUUGUGGUUGUGCACAAGAACAGUCACAACACCGCUGUGGCAGCUGACGUCACCAGUUUGAUGCUACUCGCCUUCGCAACGUCAAUUUGGAUUAUGUAUUCCGAAUUCUCAUUAUUUUUUUAAGUAGGAGUACGUACCGAUGAUAGUUUUAGUGUCUAAAAGAGGAUGGGAGGUUUAGGACAUGUCCAAUAAAGAUGAGUCAUACAUCAUACAUCGUUGGAUAGCUCUUUUCAAGUGAUCGAAAAAAUAUUAUGACGACAAAUCCUUAAAGUUGUCCAUUUUGAAAUAGGUAGGUAUUUUUUUUAAUGUAUGUUUAUUAUCAAAAAUACAUCUGAGUAUUACACAUAAAUGUCUGCCAAACUAUGAAAACUACAGUUAGGUAAAUAAUUGUAAUGGUAGCUUGUUAUAGAUUUUGGGUGCUAGAUACUUUUUGGUUCUUUGGCCAUUGUAAUAAGUAUACGUUUGUAACUUUCAUAAAAAAAAAUUUUUUAUUCGCAAUUCUUGAAAUUAAAUGUAUUUUUAACAACUUAUGAUUUUUAUAUCUUUCCUUGGCACCAUUUGAUUGAUAUGUUAAUAUUAUGUAGGUACGUAUUGAAAUUAUAUAUUAAAAAGGCG